AUGGCAAAUAACCAAACACUAUGUUUUGUAUGUAAUGAAGAAAAGACAACAUAUCCCUGUGAAGGAUGUUCGAAAAGAUUUUGUUUAAUACAUUUAACAGAACAUCGAAAAAUAUUAACUAAUGAAUUCCAGUGUGUCACCAAUCAAUAUAAUGAAUUUAAACAAAGAAUUGAUGAACAAAAACAAAAUCCACAUAAUCAUUCCUUAAUAAAUCAUAUUAAUCAAUGGGAAAUAGAAUCAGUUGAAAAAAUUCAACAGAAAGCACAAGAGUACAGAACAAUCCUCACUAAAUCAUCAGAAACAUCUAUUAAUGAUAUUGAAAUGAAAUAUAAAGACUUGAAUGAACAAAUAAAACAAAUGCAGAAAGAAAAUGAUUUUAAUGAAAUUAGUUUAAAUUAUUUAAAAAAUCAAUUGAUGAAAAUUACAGAAGAAUUAAAUAACACAACAAAGAUUUCUAUUCAAGAGGAUACACAAUCAUUUAUUAAUGAUAUUUCAAUUAUUUUAUCAAAAAAACCCAAAUGGGACAAAUGGAAACAAGAUGCCAUCACUGUAGCUGGUGGAAAUGGACAAGGACAAAAAUUAAAUCAACUCUAUUAUCCUGUUGGAAUCUUUAUUGAUAAAAAUAAAAAUAUUUUCACUGCUGAUUAUUGGAAUCAUCGUAUUGUUGAAUGGAAAUAUAAUGCAAAUGAAGGACAAAUCAUUGCAGGUGGAAAUGAAAGGGGAAAUGACAUGGAAGAAUUGAAUUGUCCAACAGAUCUAAUUAUUGAUCAACAAAAUCAUUCGAUCAUCAUUGCUGAUCAACAGAACAGACGAGUGGUUCAAUGGAUAAAUCAAUAUCAACGAUAUCUCAUUGAGAAAAAUAUUGACUGUAAUGGCUUAGCAAUGGAUAAAUAUGGUUUUCUUUAUGUUUCUGAUUAUGUGAAGAAUGAAGUGAGACGAUGGAAAAUGGAAAAAUACAACAACGAAGGAAUUGUAGUGGCAGGUGGAAAUGAACAAGGGAUUCAACUCAAUCAACUCAAUCAUCCAGGUUUUAUCUUUGUUGAUGAUGAUCAAUCUGUUUAUGUAUCAGAUCAAGAUAAUCAUCGUGUGAUGAAAUGGAGAAAAGGUGCAAAAGCAGGAAUAAUUGUAGCUGGAGGAAAUGGCAAAGGAAAAAAUCUGAAUCAAUUGUCUUCUCCUCGAGGAGUGAUAAUUGAUAAUUUUGGUCAAAUAUAUGUGGCAGAUUGUUGGAAUCAUCGAGUAAUGCGUUGGUGUGAAGGUAAAGAAGAAGGUGAAGUGGUUGUUGGUGGAAAUGGUGAAGGAAAGCAAUCAAAUCAAUUGAAUAGUCCACAUGGUUUAUCUUUUGAUGACGAAGGAAAUCUUUAUGUUGUUAAUUCGGGAAAUCAUCGAAUUAAAAAAUUUGAAAUAAAUUUGUAA